UCAUAGUGGCCCUCCAAUCAAUCAAUCAAUCAAUCAAUCCAAUCAGAAAAGAAAGAUGUCGUCAUCCUCUUCAACCUUUACACUGGACCACCUCUCUCCCUCCGAGCAGCUCUGUUACGUCCAUUGCAACUUCUGCGACACCGUCCUCGCGGUGAGCGUUCCUUGCAGCAGCUUGUUCAAGACAGUUACCGUCCGAUGUGGUCACUGCACCAACCUGCUUUCCGUCAACAUGCGUGGUUUACUCCUCCCUGAUGCAAAUCAGAUUCAUCUCGGACAUACUUUCUUCUCUCCUUCUCAUCAAAAUCUUCUGGAAGAGAUCCCAAGUCCACAACCAAACCAGCUGCUGAUUGAUCAAACUAAUAACCAAACUGACCCUGUAGUCUCGGUUCGUGGAGUAGCAGAUGAGCUCCCUCGACCUCCAGUUGUUAAUAGACCUCCGGAGAAGCGACAGAGAGUCCCAUCAGCCUACAACCGAUUCAUCAAGGACGAGAUCCAACGCAUCAAGGCCGGAAAUCCCGAUAUAACCCACAGAGAAGCCUUCAGUGCAGCUGCAAAGAACUGGGCCCACUUCCCACACAUCCAUUUUGGUCUCUUGCCUGAUCAGACUGUGAAGAAGACUAACGUGCGCCAACAGGAAGGAGAGGAGGUUCUCAUGAAAGAUGGGUUUUUCUCUUCCACAAAUGUUGGUGUCUCCCCCUACUAAGAUGUGCCACUGUCACUGUCUUUGUUAGGUUUCUUUGCUCUCUCUCUCUCUCUCUCUCUCUAUACUUCUGGGAG